UUACUCAAAGUCUCAAAGUCGUCGGCAGAGGAAAACAACAAACAACAUCAUUACUCAGUACUCAGUACUCAGCACAGAAUGUGUGAACAACACAAGACUUUGGAGUUUGGAACUGAAGAGUAUAAUUCCAAUUCCAAUUAUGGGAUUCCAAUUCCAACACAAGACGUUGUAUUUUGGCAAGCUGAAUGUUAUUCUGAAAUCCCCGCUGGAAGUAAUUUUGAUAUUCCGAGUAGUAGUAGUAAUAAUUUGCCAGGUUACAUCAACUUCCCAGCUAAUUCGACAUAUAAUGAAAAUGUUGAAAUUAUCCAUGAUUCUUUUGGCAAAGCUGCAGCUGAUCAAGUAGUGUCAAGGAAACUGUUUUGCUUUGCUAAUGGCCAUGUUCUCGAUCCACAACGUGUUGAUUUGUUUUACUUGGAUUUGUCAAAGAGAGCUUAUCAAGUAACCAUUCAUCGACAUAAUGGAUUCGACUUCUUUUCCUUAACAAAGGUUGUUGACGUCUCAGAUCUAUUCCAGUUACUAAAGGUUUUUCUAUCGUCGAAACUGCGACUGAUGUUCCUCAUAGAUGAUGAGUACUUACUUCUUACGGACGAGCUGAACCUCGUAGUGACGGGGCAGCCGCAUUUACAGAUGGAAGUAAAACUUGCCUUUUCAUUACAAAACCUGAUGAGAUCCACUAUGCAUUAUGCCAUUUCUCAAGCCUAUUCUUCCAGAAAGACUAAAAGCCAAAAUGUCAAAUCUUUUGUUGUUUGUGAGUGUGAGAAUGAACUUUUCCUUGAUCAUUGCAGAGAAAAUAGCUCUCAGUCUAUUCAAUCCUUCAUUCCUUUUGGGGGAAACAUUAAAUUAUCCCCAUGUAGGGUGGCUUCAGUAGUCUAUAGUUUAUACCUAUAUGGUGAAGUGCAAGAAAACUUUUCAAUUCUAGGACGUGUUGUCGACGUUUCUUUUUCAAGUGUCAAGUUCUCCUAUCGCACAGACCCUCAUUCUUCACCUGGUCAUUCGCAAGAUUACCAUUUUCACGGGAUUUUGUCUUUGAGCUUGUUGGUACCCACUGAACAAUCACCUGUUGAAUUCUUUGAGAUUGUAUAUUGUCCACAGAGAGCUCACUUAACUUCCAAAGAUCAAAGAAGCCCUGGUACUAACAAGCAAAAGCAAUAUGGCUUGUCUCCAUGUCUAGAUUCUGCAGUAGUUCAAAGUUCAUCAAAUGAACGACAGAUGUUAUUGGAAGCAUUCGAGGACGAUGCAAUUUAUAGUCAUGAAAGCCAAGAGGUUGUUGCAGAAAGUCAAACAAACAUUCAAAAGAAAAGAAAGAAGUCAAGCACAAUGUGGACUGCUGCUGAUAUGAUAAGUUUAGAAGACCUUCAACAGAAUUAUGGCAAGAAACGUGAAGAGGCUGCUGAAAGCCUACAAGUUAGUGUCUCUACAUUUAAGAGAAUAUGCAGGAAGUUUGGCAUUGACCGGUGGCCAACUGCUAAAAGAAAUAAAGACAAGUGUCUCUUCUCUGCUCGCAAGUGCGAUGCACCAUUAAUUGCUAAGGUGAGAACAUCUCAACUACUACAAAAUGGUAUGCCAUGUGAGGACAGGGAAACCACUUGUAUUUCCAGGCCAAAGAGAAAAGGGAAGGAAAAAGAAGCAGCAGAUAAUAUAGAGGCGAUUAAUCAUUUCGAAGAACAACCUUCUGAAAUACAGAACCGUACUCCCAAAAGGCAGGCAGUAGAUUGUGCUACUAAAGAUUCAUCUUGCCUCAACUCAAUCACCGGUUAUGUCGUGGAUGAUAUGGUUUCUACUCGUAUGGGAGUUCAAGCUUAUCUUGAGGCAAUAUCAAUAGAGCAGUUGAACUCAAUAUCGUGCAACGAAAACACUUCACAAAACACAAAGCUUCUUUUCGACAACUUGAUUGCAUUGCCUCUGAAGGAUCUGAUCAAUCCUGAGAAAGAGAUUUAUAUGAAAGAAACAUUGUGCAUCCUAGCUGAAAACCUCUCUUUUUUUUUCAGUAGAACAAGCGAAACAGAUAGUUGAACUCAAGUUUGAUUUUUCUACACUUGUGCAUAGCUGGAGAGAGUAUUCUCAAUCCCAAGUAUGCAGUCAAAAGUUCUUUGAAGACUUGGAGAGAAAUAGAACUUUACUAGCGACCUCAGCUAAAGAUGAAGAGAGUCUAAAGGUUAGAUAUGACGAACUUCAAAGCAAGAAAAAAGAACUGAUGGCACAAUUUGAGGUAGUGCAAAAAGAGCAGGAAGGAAUAGCUGAACAGAGGCGUGAAAAAACCGAGCAGAAGAAGCACUUGGUUUCUUUGGCGAAAGAGAAAGCGAGUAGAACCAAAGAAAAACAGUUGGUGAUGACAAUAGCUAGUGCUAAGUUGAAUAACUUAGUUGAUCAAUGGGCUGCAAUACAAUCUCUCUUUAUGUAGAUUGGCCAGAAACCAACUCAGCGUACAAUUCUAUUUUUUCAAAUUCAAAUACUCCAUGUUUCUUUCUAAUAUAGGAUGUAGAGAUAGUGGAGCUACAAAAUCUUGAGAAUUUUUCAAUGUAUUCCAUUGAACCUGUACAAGGAUAUUUGUACAUGUAUUCAAUAGAUAAGGACAGAAAAUUAAAGGU